AUGGCGUCGUCCAGCCUCAAUCAUGACGAGACCACCGACGUUGUGAUCUGUGGAUGCGGUCCUACGGGUGCCAUGCUGUCUGCCUAUCUGGGCCGCGCAAACAUCGCCAAUAUCGUUCUCGAGAAAGAGCCAGACAUCACGACCGACCCGCGCGGCAUUGCACUGGACGAAGAUGGAAUUCGCUUCUUGCAGGGCUUGGGGCUGUACGAGCACGUCUUCUCCGACAUUGGCACCUGUAUCCCGAAGGUGCGCUUCGUUAGCGGUGUGCAUAAUGAUCUGAACAAGCAGCCAUUUCUCAACUUUGACAUUAGCUCUACGGCUGGCCACACCGGGCACGUUGCCAUGCUGUCCCACAAACAGCCAGCCCUGGAGGAGCGCCUUCGCUCCAAGAUCCAAGACGACGAAUGGGUGUAUACGAGAUACCUGGGCGCCAAUGGAGUCGAGCGAUGCAUCCGCUCACGUUUCUUGGUUGGCGCCGACGGAAAGACUGGCUUCACGCGAAAGCAGUACCUGGAGCCGAGAGGCGUUCACAUGCAGUGGGCAGAAAAAAUGCGGUAUCAAGAGACGUGGGUUGCGUUGAACUGGAAGCUCAGUCUGCCGACGCCAAAGACGCAUCCGUCUUUUCCCCUUUGGAAGCUGGGCUACUCCUCCGAGGACGUCUUUGACCUCUUCUUCCCACUCGACUUCCGGUUCCUCUGCAAUCCGCAGCGCCCAGCGGUGUGCGGUCGGUUUGGGCCACCAUCCGACCGGCUCUGGCGCUUCGAGUUCCUCGUCAACGCUGGCGAAAGCGAUGCGGAAAUGGCGACGCCAGCCAUGAUUCGCAAAGUCGUGUAUCCUUAUCUCAGGCACCCUGGGGCACGUUACGGGUUACCCGACCCUGUCGAGUUCCCGCAUGACUGCAUCGAGGUGCUCCGCUGUCGGCCGUUUCGCUUCUCAGCGCGGAGUUGUGACAGGUGGGCUCUUGGACGGGUCAUACUCUGUGGCGAUGCCGCGCACGUCUUCCCGCCAUUCGGUGGACAGGGCAUUGCAUCCGGGUUUCGCGACGCCAUCUCCUUGAACUGGCGCCUGGCUGUCGCCUGUAGAUCACAAGCGGCGAACCACGAGCAACUCUUCACCGGGUGGUUCCUGGAGCGCAAACAGCAGCUGGAGAGCUCCCUGGCCACCACGAUCCGCAACGGUGACAUGGUCAACAGCCGGAACCCAUUCAAGAUUUUCGUCCGCGACUGGACGUUGUGGUUCCUGCAGCUGCUUCCCGGCUGGAAGAGCUGGCUUGAGCUGGGUCCGCGGAUCGAUGGGCCGACGACGUACAAGUACGAACCAGGCAUGGCCUUUAUUCCUGAGCUGGGAGGCGGCGUCCUUUUCUCACAGACAUACUGCGUGGCGCUCGGGGGCCAGGCAGAGGUCCCUCGUGUCCAAUUUUCUGACGACGCGAUUUUCGCGAAGACGAAGGAGAGCCCCUUCCAAAUUGUCGUCCUUCUCGACAAUCUGGAUGAAUUGCAGGCUGCAAGGCAAGAGCUCAAAGUUCUGGACGGCGCGUCCUCCGAGAGCCUCUCAGUCCGCGAGGCAACGUUCUUUGUCCCUCGCUUGCCAGUCUCAGCUCAUCAGCAAAAGCAACCCUCCGAACUCGACGGGGUCUACCGCGCGGCUUCGGCCGAAGAGUUUGCGGCAUCUAGUCUCUGCAAGGGGCGUCCCGCACCUCGGGGGUACCAUGAGGACGACCUGUGGAAGAGCGCCAAGGGUCGGAGAUUUGUCAUUGUGAGACCUGACAGGUUCAUAUUCGCAAUGUGUGACGCGGGCUGCGAGCUGGAGCGGAUUUGUAGCGGCCUGGCCAAACUUUCUCACUGA